GUGGGGCUUUCGCCUGAACACCCUUCCAGACCUCGUUCAGAUGUCUGACCGCGUCUGCAUCUUUGAAGUGGACUUCCAGAAUGGAGACAGGCGUUCUGUGCCUCCGCAGAAGACCUUCAAGAUCCGGGCGAAGCGCAGCGGCAUCGUGCACGCUGUGGUCUCUUCCUGGGAGGUCUGGAGUGAUGCGGAUCGAACGCACCGAAUCACCACUCAUCCGGAAGACACCUUCAACACUCCAUGGGGCUUUGCUCGGGACAUGCAGUGGGGACAGGGCCUGCAGCUGAUCGAAGACUUCGACUUGGCCAGCUCUGCUGGCAGCGAGCGCAAGGCCGCGCCGUCGCCGUUUAAGGUGUCGGCGGGAGAGGAGCUGAUCCUCACUGUCCGCAUGAGCGCACCAUGCCGCCAGACCUUCCAGUUCACCUUGCAGCGCGCCAAGGGCUGA